GGCCGAGAGAAGUCACGCAAGUGCUGGCUUGUAUUUAUCUCGUUUAAAGGAGUUACCAGAUUGGCAACAUUGGAUCGGAGAGGACUUUUCGGCGGCGCAGUUAAAAGGGAGUUGCAGCUGAAAGUGAACUGUGACACUGACAGAAACUUCGGAAGACAACUACAGGCAACGUGUGCAUAUUAACUAGUUGCAGUUCUCUGAGUUUUAAGGUUUACAGUGUUACGGUCAUUAGUUUCGCGGGUGUUACAACAUACUCUUGAUUUCACUCCUUGAACGUUGUAAUUUUAUAAUUUGGAAGUACUGCAUUAAAAAUAGUUUAAAAUAACUAUAACAGUCACUAUGUCCAGCACGCUUCGGCCGAGACUGUGUGUUCUAGAGAAGGGCGCGAAUGGGUACGGUUUCCAUCUUCACGGAGAGAAGGGAAAGGCUGGGCAGUUUAUCCGACUUGUUGAGCCAGAUUCUCCGGCUGAGACUGCGGGGUUACGUGCCGGGGACAGGCUUGUGUAUGUCAACGAGGAGAACGUGGAGGGCGAAAGCCAUCAACAAGUCGUGUCCCGGAUACGAGCUACCGCUGGCAAGUUGGAGCUCGUCGUCGUUGAUCAGGAGACCGAGGAGUUAUUGAAAAAGCACAACUUGAAGUGCCUCAAAGAGUUUGUCACUGAAGGAAUCCCACUCCCCAGCAGCGAGUCGGAUGGAGAUGUUGGCGAGAACGGCACCCCGAGGGAAUCGACGCCGACCCCUGAGAAAAACGGAGAGGUUCAGGUCGAGAAGAAGCUGAGCGUAAGCUCCGACAAGGAGUCUAAGAGUGAGCUGCGCCCUCGCCUUUGUAAUAUGAAGAAAGGAGAGGGAGGCUAUGGCUUCAACCUACACAGUGAGAAGUCCAAACCUGGCCAGUACAUCCGUGCUGUGGACAAGGACUCGCCAGCUGAGAAGUCUGGCCUUCGACCCCAGGACAGAAUUGUGGAGGUGAACGGAGACUCGGUGGAAGGGAAGCAGCAUUCGGAAGUCGUGGCUGCCAUCAAGGCCGGAGGCGAUGAGACCAGCCUGCUCGUCGUCGACCCCGAAGCAGAGGCCUUCUUCAAGAAGUGCAAGGUCACCCCCACAGAGGAGCACCUCACAGGACCUCUGCCUGAGCCUGUUGUCAAUGGAGAGGUGGAGGAGACGGUUAAUGGGAAAGUGGCACAAGAGCUGGAGAAAAAGGUGUCUGUGAGCCCAUCUACAUCCAGUGCCUCCUCCAAUGCCUCUCUCACAGCCCCGACCACCAGUACCCCACCACCUGAGAAGGUAGAGCAGAAGGUGGAGCAGGAGGUGGAGCAGGAGGUGGAGGAGAAGGUGCCUGAGAAGGUGGUGGAGAAGGAGCCGGCUGGGGGCGCCGGUCUCUCUCUGACCUUAUCCCUCCAGCAGGCCAAGGAGCGCGCGCACCAGAAGCGCUCCAACAAGAGAGCCCCACAGAUGGACUGGAGCAAGAGAAAUGAACUCUUCAGCAACCUAUAAACCAGCCCCUGCACCCUUUCAGAUGCACACACACACACACGCACACACACGCACACACACGCACACACACACACACACACGCAC